GGCACAUUGGGCUGGACUCCGGGCAGAGGCACAUCGGGCUGGACUCCGGGCAGAGGCACAUCGGGCUGGACUCCGGGCAGAGGCACAUCGGGCUGGACUCCGGGCAGAGGCACAUCGGAUUACCAGGCGAAGCAGCAGGCAGCGGGCCACCAGGCGGAGCAGCAGGCACCGGGCCACCAGGCGGAGCAGCAGGCACCGGGCCCCCAGGCGGAGCAGCAGGCACCGGGCCCCCAGACGGGGCGACAGGCAUCGGGCCCCCAGGCGGGGCGACAGGCAUCGGGCCCCCAGGCGGAGCGGCGGGCGCCGGACCCCCAGGCGGAGCGACAGGCAUCGGGCCCCCAGGCGGGGCGA